UACAAAAUUGAAACAUAGUUUAGCUUUUCCUUCCCCUAAAAUGGUGCCACUAUGAAUCGUAGCAUGAUCGCAUGUGACCGACGUAAACGAUGGAGAGUGGCUGGAGGUCAUUUCCACCUGCUUUUGGUACAAUCUCAGCCGUCUCUCACCCUAUGACGUCUCGCUGACUCAUUCUCUGCUGCAGUCUCUCUCCCUCUCGACGUCUCAACUAAAUCCACGGGAAUCACCCUCUCCAAUCUCCAUUCGAUCCUUGUGUAGCAACAGAGGGGCGGAUUUCUCUGCGCUUGAGCGUCUUAAGGGUUUGAUUGGCUAUAAUGUGACUAAUUUGCUUUCUAUUGCAGCUAUUCUUGAUCACAUCAUCAAGGCACAAUAAUGGCAUUGCGAGAAAAGGGUAAGUGAUUAAAACCUUUCAUCUGUAUGCUCAUCUACUAGAGAAUUUACAAGAAGGUUAAACGACAUGGUAAUGUCCUGAAAAAGAAAGCAGAGAAGUUUGAAUUGAAAGAAUUAGAGAGGAUUAUACCAAAUCGAGGCAAAUUACUUGUCCUUGAAAAACUACUUAAUGAAGCCUAUUUAAUUCGUAGGCCAAAACCAAGUGAAUAUGAACAUCGAAAGCAACUAAUUCGAGUUUUUAAUGAAAUAGCAAGGGAAUUAUAUGGUAAUUCUUCUUGUUGUCCUGUUGUUGAAGAAUUCGGUUCUUUUUCAAUGGAUCUUUUUACUACUGGAAGUGACUUAGAUCUCUCAGUCAACUUCAAAAACAAUAGUCAAUCAGUAUUCCCUCGAGAUCAGAAAAUUAAAGCACUUAGGAAGUUUGCAAGAAAAUUUUAUGCACUUCAAACUGGAGGUCAUGUACGAGGUGUUCAGCCUGUUCUGUCUGCUAAGGUGCCUAUUCUGAAAGUUAUUGAUGCUGGAAGUGGUGUUGAAUGUGACCUUUCAGUUGAAAAUAGAGAUGGAAUUUCAAAGUCAGCUAUAAUUCGCUUAAUUACUUCAAUAGAUGAAAGGUUCAAAAAGCUAAGUUUCUUGAUGAAAGCAUGGGCAAAAGCACAUGAUAUUAACAGUUCAAAAGAUCGAACUCUUAACUCUUUAUCCAUAAUAUUAUUGGUUGCUUUUCAUCUACAGAAUCGAGACCCCCCUAUAUUACCUCCAUUUUCCGAGAUAUUAAAAGAUGGAGAAGAUGUUGCAUCGGUGCAGAAAUCAGUUAGAAAAUUUCGGAAUUACGGUAGUAAAAAUACAGAAACAUUAGGUGAACUGUUGGUGUCGUUUUUACUCAAGUUGGCAUCUGUUGAAAAGCUUUGGCCGAAAGGUCUUUGUGCGAGUACUUAUCUAGGACAAUGGACUUCUAAAACUUGGGCCACUAAAAUAGCAAGCAUGAGUGUGGAGGAUUUCACGGAUCGAACCCAAAAUGUGGCGAGAGCAGUGGGGAAAUCAGAGGUGGAAAAAAUCUACAGUCGCAUCCAUUUUUCCAUUCAAAGACUUUCUUUAUUCAUGAAUGGUGAAAUCCAAGAAUCAGUUUUAAAUGAAUCUUUAUUUGGCAUCACUAAUACAUUGCACCACCAUCCCCCGCUCACCACCACCACCACCCCAAUGCAACCAAGAGCCGCCCAAAGUUGGCUACCAAGACCACAGCCAGUUGGCGGCCAGUGGGGUGGAAUGGGAACCCAACAUCAAGCCAUGGGUUCCGGUCAAGAAUGGGCUGACGACCACCCACCCAAAAGAAUGCGGGUGGCGGCAGACGGUGCACCGGGAACCCAAGGUUGGGGUACUUGGGGACCAGAAUUGGGAGGACACAAUCAACCGGCUAAAAGAAUGAGGGCGGCAGAGGGUGCUCCGACACCACCACCACCACCACCACCGGGAACACAAGGUUGGGGUAAUUGGGGACCACCCGGGUGGGGUGCUGAGGAUUAUAGGGGAAGAAGGGUUCAGCAACCACAUGGUCCAACGUAUCGUUUAGGCUAACCAGGGUGUGUGCAAUAGGGCUAACUGGGGUUGGGUUGGGUUGGGUUAGUUGUUUAUAAUAGAGUUUAUUAUGGUGUUUUAAAUUAUGGAAAGCUGAAAUUGGCAUUGGGAUAGGCUGCCACCAUAUGUAACAAACCACAGCAACGGCUUUUGAAUCAGAAAGUUGCUUUAACCA